UGGGAAAUCGUGCGUAGAAACUUUGCGUUCGGUCUAGGAACCUGUUCGACUCGCGUGAAUUAAUCUUUCGCGGCUAAGUUCCGAGAACCCACAGACUUCGAGAUUGUCAGUUACCGUGCCGUGCGAGAAAUAAUUCUGAGUCUCAUUCGUCCAUCCGUCUAGGAGAGUUGGUAUCACAUUGUUAGGACCUGACGUAUUCAAGAGGCAGUAUUCAACAGUGGCGACGAAGUAUUUGAACCCAUGGCAGUUGCAUAUAAUGAGUUUAAAUUACUUUUGGAGCACCAGAUUGCUUUAAUGACUGCCUUAACGGAAAAACUCUCCAGUUCUUCCCUUCAAUCAGGUUCCACGGGCAGCACUCCUUCGGUUGACAAUAUCUGCAGCAGCAUCUCCGAAUUCCUGUAUGACCCUGGCGCUCAAAUUACCUUCGAGUCCUGGUAUAAGCGGUACGAGGAUCUGUUCACCGUUGACCUGGCUUCCCAGGCUGACGCGUGGAAGGUCCGGCUGCUUCUGCGCAAACUGGGCACGGUCGAGCACCAACGUUAUACAAACUUCAUCUUGCCAAAGAAGCCCCGCGAUGUUCCCUUUGGUGAAACGGUCCGCACGUUGUCGCAGAUCUUUGGCGAACAGUCCUCGCUGUUCAACACCCGGUAUCAAUGUCUGCAGCUGACCAAACGAGAUGCCGAUGAUUUCGUCACAUACGCGGGCAUCGUCAAUCGGGAAUGCGAACGGUUCCAGCUUGGCUCGCUCACAGAAGACCAGUUCAAGUGCUUGCUUUUCAUUUCUGGCCUCCGGUCCGCCCAUGAU